AUGAGCGCCGCGGUCCGGGGCGGGGCUGCCGUUAAGGUGGCUCCGCCGCCGGCCCCGUGCCCCGCCCGCACCGCGCCCCGCACCGCCCCCCGUGCCCGGCGGCGCCGCUGCUCCCGCGGCGCACGGAGCGCGGGCGGACGGGGAGGUGCGCGGUACCUCGGGGUCCCGGAGCGGGGUCCUGAAACGGGGCGGGGGCCACCGGAGCUGGCACCAAGUGACGGGUGUGGGCAGCCACCGGCCGCACUGCCCGCCGGGGCGAAACCCGCCUGGCAGCCCCGAGCCCGGGGGAACAGGAGCGGCCCCGCCGGCCCGCCCCGAGCCGGGCACCGCACGGAGCCUCGCGGGGAGCGGGCGCUGCGGCAGCGGGGGGAGUCACUACCCCGUUCCCCCGGAGGGACAAACACCCACCAGGCCACGGGGCCCACAGAUCGCCGGCGGGACACGGUGCUUCAGGUGCUCGCGGAUGCACAUCACGCGCGGCGCGACCGCGGCACAAAGGAACGAAGGGGAUGCCUCGCUCCUCGCUACGGGAACGGCGGCAACGGAGGGAGAAGCGAGGCCGCCGGCCCCUGCGCCGCGUCCCUGCACAGGGUCAGCGGUCCGGACCGACGGCUGCUCCGGCCGGGGCCCCGCAGCCCGGCUCCGCACCCGGCGCGGCUCCGGGUCAGCGGCGGCCCCGCGCCCGGGGCUCCCCCGGCGCCGCCGCCGUCGCGCCCCCUCUGCGCCUGCGUGCGCGCCGUCGGAGCGGCUCUUCCGAACGGGCACAGCGCCCCCUGGCGCCCGCCCGGCCCCCGCCGCACCCCCGCCGGGCGGCGAGGCCCCGCUCUGUGCCCCGGUUCGAGCCUGCGCCCCCCCUCCGCCCCGGCGGCGGAGAGCCCCCCCUCCGGCCCAGGGUCCGUGCCCCCGUUCCGCCCCGGCGGCGGAGAGCCCCCGCUCCGGCCCAGGGUCCGCGCUCCCCCUCCGCCCCGGCGGCGGUCGGAGAGCCCCCGCUCCGGCCCAGGGUCCGUGCCCCCGUUCCGGCGCGGCGGCAGACAGUCGGGCCGGACGGGGCGGGCCGGGACCCGCGAGCAUUCCUCGGCGCGGAAGGGCAGGGUCGGGUGCGGGGGAUGUCGGGCGGGCUCGCCGAGAGCGGCCGCCCGGAUUCGUCUUGGGGCACCGGCGCCGCCGCCCCUCCCUUCCUCGGCCCGUCCUGCGGCUUCUCCGGGGGCCCUGGGCGGGCAGCCCACCGCCCCGGGAUGCCGCCGCUCCUUCCCCAGCCUCUGCUCGCCAUGGGCACAGAACGGCCCUUAG